AUGUAUAUGAGCGGAAUGUGCAUGUGGGAUAUGGAGACCACAGCGAGCCAGCUAGCCAUUGUCUUCUACAAUAAACGAAUAGUCUAUGGCUUACCGCUCUUUCUUCUGGAUAUGAGCUUGAGUCUGAGUUUUGGGAAUCAUUGGAGCUUCAGGCCUAACAGAGGACCAACAGUUUGUAUUUCCCAGGAAAAUUGUAGCAUAGGAUUAGGCAAAAGGCAAGAAACAAAACGACAAAGUGAAAUCUUAGAAUAUGACACUGGCCUUAAUGCCAUUAAGACUGAUUCUCAGAAAGUCAAGGACUACGGACUCCCACCUCUAGUUAGUGCUCUAAAAGCUUCAGCUGAAGAAAAUGCAGCCAGUUUUCACUUUCCAGGGCAUAACAGAGGGCACGCAGCACCAUCAUCAUUGAGACAGCUGAUCGGUGUCAGACCAUUUCUUCAUGACUUACCCGAGCUUCCGGAGCUGGACAACCUUUUUGCUCCGGAGGGGCCUAUUUUAGAAGCGCAAAAACAGGCGGCUGAACUUUUCGGAGCAUCAGAAACAUGGUUUCUUGUUGGGGGCAGUACGUGUGGAGUCCAGGCAGCAAUUAUGGCUACUUGUUUACCUGGAGACACUCUUAUCCUUCCUCGAAACUCUCAUAUCUCUGCAAUCUCUGCCAUGAUAUUAUCUGGUGUGCUACCCAAGUACAUUGUCCCCGAGUAUGAUCAUAACUGGGACAUUGCUGGUGGCAUCACUCAUUUACAGGUAGAGAAAGCAAUCAAGGAACUAGAGAUGGAAGGUCGAAAACCAGCUGCUGUUUUGGUUAUUUCCCCGACUUACCAUGGUGUUUGCAGCAAUAUUGGUGCAAUUGCGGAGUUGUGUCAUACCCAUAAGAUUCCUAUAAUUGUCGAUGAGGCUCAUGGGGCGCACUUCGGCUUCCAUCAUCAGUUGCCUAUCUCGGCCCUUGCUCAAGGAGCAGAUCUUGUCGUACAAUCUACUCACAAAGUCCUAUGCUCUCUUACACAGUCAUCAAUGUUGCACAUGUCAGGUAACCUCGUAGACAGAGAAAGGAUUUGUUGGUGUCUUCAAACGCUUCAAAGCAGUAGCCCGAGUUAUCUGUUAUUAGCAUCAUUAGAUGCUGCUCGGGCUCAUCUCAGUGAUAGCCAAGAAACUGUCUUCAACAAAGCUGUUGAAUUAACUCUUGAAGCCAAAAAUAUUAUCAAGAAAAUUCGCGGAAUCGCAGUCCUUGACUUGCCAAAUAUCUCUAAUUUCCCUGCAAUUGAUCCUUUGCGAGUUACUGCUGGCGUCUGGCGCCUAGGUCUCUCUGGUUUUGAAGCCGAUGAUAUCUUAUGUAGGGAUUUCAAGGUAGUUUCUGAACUUGUUGGGACCCGAUCUAUUACAUUUGCAUUUAACCUCGGAACAAAGAGAGAGCACGUAUUGAGGCUCGUGUCUGGGUUGAAGUAUCUAUCAGAGAAUUUCUCAGCCAGUGACAAUACAGAAAAUAGAGCAGUUGAUGUCGUGUGCUCAGCACCCUUCAAUGAUAUUAGCAUGAGUUUGAGUCCAAGAGAGGCCUUUUUUGCGAAGAAGUCAAAAAUCGGCAUAGAGGAUAGUCUUGGAAAAAUCUGUGGGGAGCUUAUAUGUCCUUAUCCACCUGGUAUACCAGUUCUGAUCCCGGGAGAAAUUAUCACCGAAAGAGCACUGAAUUAUUUGCUGCAUGUAAAAAGCAAGGGUGCCAUUAUAAGUGGAGCUGCUGACCAUCUUCUUUCCUCCCUUCUGGUAUGUCAUGACUAG